AUGUUCGAAUUCAAUUCGCCCCCAUCGUAUCAAUGUGAAGAUCCAAUGGACACAGAUUACUGGGAUCGUCUUAUGGUCGAUAUAGUCGAUCCCUACCUCAGGUACCUCGAUACUCUCGACCCUGGCUGUGCCGGCCCGAGCGAAGCUGGGAACAGCAGCGAAACAGAGGGCGGCGACGAAGCCAGAGAGACUUCUAGCGAUCUAGACUGGUAUUGCGGCUCAGAGCCUGAUCCACAGCUGGAGACGCAACCGACAGCCGAUUCGCCACCGUCACCCGCUGCGCCCUCACCGAAUGACGUGAGCGGUGUCAACGAUCCCAUGGCGCCUGACCACAGCAUGUCGAGUGCGCUCGAACCCUUCGUGACCGCCGAGGAAAUAGCGGAUCUCAGGUCACAGGUCUCGACCACGGGUGUGCAUAGUGUCCUUGACAAGUGGAGCCGGGCUCGCUGGAGGGUGUACAAAACAGGAAUCCUUAAGACAGCAUUGAGAGGCAACAUCGCUGUCCCGUCCGACGCGAGUCUCUUCGAGGAGGGGCAGAAGUACAGAGCUGCCCUGAUCACAGCUGCACUGGAUGAUCUACGGACGGAUGACACAGUCUCCACAAGUGCCGCCGCAGACAUCGAGAAUACACUCGAUUGGCCAUUGUGGCAGCGCAAUUGGCUAAGAGACCUCGACCCUGGCUCUGAGCAUUACCAAAGAACCUUGACCAUUGCGGAGAUUAUCAAGGCGAUCGAAGGCAUGGACCACCCGGAAACGAGGACCACCCGCCAGAAGAACGACCUGAGACGCAAGAGGACGACCAACGUUCCGAUCGUGCAAGACGCAGCGAGCCGGGACGUGACUACGGACGAGGUCGCACGCAGGUGUUACGCGGUUGAGCAGACUGCGAAAAGGGGGCGAGACGAAAGAUAUAGGCAGUCGUGGUGCCAGGAGACGGUGAAGGUUGAUCUCGAGCAACAGUCUUGUGCUGAGGGGUUGAAUAUAUUGAGCUGA